AUGGCCACCUACGAAGAGCUCAAAAACGUUGUUCAAUGGACUUCAUUUGUAUUUUCAAUAUGCUUGAACUCCUUGUUAAUCUACCUCAUUCUUACAAAAUCUCCGAAGAAAAUGGGAAACUAUCGAUAUUUGAUGAUAUAUUUCUCCUGCUUCGCUAUGUUCUUUUCAACUUGUGAUGUAAUUGUUGGACCGUUUAUUCACAGCUUUCAAAAAAGCUUCUGCGUGCUGGCUGAUCGAACAAAUUGGCUUCUCGGUGAAACCACACAAUUUGCAUUAAUUUGCGUGUUGUGUGGGUGCUUCGGAGUUACAAUAACAUUUUUUGUGAUACAUUUUGUUUUUCGUUAUUUUGCUUCUGAACGACAAGGCCGCCUCGCCUACUUUCACGGCUGGUAUUUUGUAGUUUGGCUGACAAUUCCAGUGUUUUUCGGUAUUAUCUGGGGAGGCACUGUCGCCUAUUUUUUAUCUCCAACUCAAGAAACAACGGAUUAUGUCAGAGAAAGCAUCAUGAGCAAUUAUAAUUUGAGCAUGGAAAAUGUGACAUAUGUCGGAGCACUAUAUUGGAGUCAGAGGGGAAAUGGGAAGGAGGAAAUUGUGAUGUCUACUUUGAUUGCUACUAUUGUUUUUACAGCAAUGAUUACGUCAUCAUUCUCAGUUGUCUGUUACUAUGGCUACUUGAGCUAUAAAAGGAUAACCUCACUGAUAGAUGAAGGACAAUCGGAGUUUACCAGGAAUUUACAAAUACAAUUAUAUAAGGCUUUGGUUGUUCAGGCAAUAAUUCCAAUAGUGCUGAUGUAUCUUCCCGUCGGCAGUUACCUAGUUCUUCCGGCAUUUGGUAUCAAUAUAUCACCAUUCAGCAAGCUUGUAACAUUCCUGUAUGCUGCCUAUCCAGCUGUUGAUCCACUUCCAUUAUUUCUUAUCAUUGAUCAUUACCGAUUGGCGUUAACAGACUACUUCUAUUGUUUCUCUUCAAACAAAAAUCGUGUGAAUGCUAGCGAGGCGGAAAUAUCACGGAAUCAAGCAACAAUUUAA